GGGGCGGGCUGCGGUGCGCGGCUGGGGGCGGGCUGCGGUGCGCGGCCUGGAGGCUCGGCAAUGGCGGGGCUGGGGCUGUUGCCGCUGCUGCUUCUGCUGCCAUCGGCACUGCAAUUGCUGGCGCGGGCGGCGACGCCACUGGAGCCGGGACCGGCCGACCUUCCGCUGCCGGCCCAGUCCCCGGACGCUCUCUUCGCCGCCGGCGCUGAGGCGUACUCCCGGGGCGACUGGCCCGCUGUGGUGCUGCAGAUGGAGCGGGCACUGCGGGCCCGCGCGGCCCUGCGCUCCCGGUUGGUGCGGUGCCGCUUGCACUGCGCCAACGCCACGGCGGGAUCGGCGAAGGGAAUCGAGAUCCAUCCCGGAUCGGUGAUCCGCGACCUGCUCUUCUUCCGAGGGCUAUUGCGGCGCGCCGCUUGCCUGCGGGGCUGCGGGCCCCCCGCGCCCUCCCGGUACCGGCUGGGCGACGAGCUGGACAGGGAGUUCAGUAAGCGCAGCCCUUACAACUACCUCCAGGUCGCCUAUUUCAAGAUGAACCGGCCGGCAAAGGCAGCAUCAGCAGCACACACCUUCUUCGUGGCCAAUCCUGGACACCAGGAGAUGAGACAAAACCUGGAGUACUACCAAGCCAUGGCAGGCGUCCGUGAGGAGGACUUCACCGAUCUGGAGGCCAAACCCCACAUGAGUGAGUUUCAGCUGGGUGUCCGAUUUUACACGGAGGAGCAGCCUGCUGCUGCCAUUCUACAUCUGGAGAAGGCACUGGAGGAGUACUUUGUGGCAGAUGCCGAGUGCCGCCUGCUCUGCGAGGGGCCCUAUGACUACGAGGGCUACAACUACCUGGAGUACAAUGCAGACCUUUACCAGGCCAUCACAGAUCACUACGUGCAGGUGCUGAGCUGCAAGCAGGGCUGUGUUACGGAGCUGGCCUCGCAGCCUGGCCAGGAGAAGCCUUUGGAGGAUUUCCUACCCUCACACUUCAACUACUUGCAGUUUGCCUACUACAACAAUGGGAAUUAUGAGAAAGCCGUGGAAUGUGCAAAAACCUACCUGCUCUUCUUCCCAAGUGAUGAGGUGAUGACGCAGAACUUGGCCUAUUACACUGCUGUCCUCGGGGAGAAACUGGCAGGUCCCAUCCAGCCCAGAGAGGAAAUCCAAGCAUACUGCCAGCGAAGCCUGCUGGAGAAGGAGCUGCUGUUCUUCAGCUAUGAUGUCUUUGGCAUUCCCUUCGUGGACCCGGACACAUGGACACCUGAAGAGGUGAUACCCAAAAGGCUGCAAGAGAAACAAAAGGUGGAACGGGAGACAGCAGCACGCAUCUCAGAGGAGAUCGGCAACCUCAUGAAGGAGAUUGAGACACUGGUGGAGGAGAAGUCCAAGGAGUCUGCUGAUAUGAGCAAGUUCAUCCGAGAAGGUGGCCCCUUGGUGUACAAAGGAGCCAGUGUCACCAUGAACUCCAAGGCCCUGAACGGCUCCCAGCGCGUGGUGGUGGAUGGAGUUCUUUCUGCCGAGGAGUGCCAGGAGCUGCGUAGCCUCACCAGCGCAGCUGCUUCUGCUGGGGAUGGCUAUCGUGGGAAGACAUCUCCUCACACCCCCAGUGAGACCUUCUAUGGAGUGACUGUCCUCAAGGCCCUCAAGCUGGGCCAGGAGGGCAAGGUGCCCCUGCAGAGCGCCUAUCUCUACUACAACGUGACGGAGAAGGUGCGACACAUGAUGGAGUCCUACUUCCGCCUGGAGGUUCCGCUCCACUUCUCCUACUCCCACCUGGUGUGCCGCACAGCCAUCGAUGACACCUCCUUGCUGCUCCAUUUCCCAAAAGGAAGAUGUGGGGAGCUUGUCCUUAGGCCCACGUUGGGAACAGGAGCAGCUUUGUUGGUUGCCCCUGAAAAGCAAGAAGGCCGAAAUGACAACAGUCAUGAGGUGCAUGUGGACAACUGCAUACUCAACACAGAGGCUCUGGUGUGUGUGAAGGAACCCCCAGCCUACACCUUCCGGGAUUACAGUGCCAUCCUCUACCUUAAUGGGGACUUUGAAGGAGGAGCUUUCUACUUCACCGAGCUGGAUGCCAAGACCGAGACUGCAGAGGUUCAGCCUCGGUGUGGCCGUGCUGUGGGCUUCUCCUCCGGCUUGGAGAACCCUCAUGGAGUGAAAGCUGUGACAAAGGGCCAGCGCUGCGCCAUUGCCCUCUGGUUCACCCUGGACCCUCGGCACAGCGAGCGGGAGCGUGUGCAGGCAGCUGACCUGGUGAAGAUGCUUUUCAGCACGGAAGAGGGGGAUCUGCUGCGGGAGCCAGAGCAGGAGCUGCUAACCACUGUCACUGUGGGGAAGGAUGAGCUGUGACAUUUCAUGGGGACAAGGGCAUAGACAGUGACACCAGCAUUACAGAUCCAGGCCACUCAGCCGUGGCGAUGCCAGCAGGGAUCCUGACUAUGCUACCAGCCAAUAUGGGAUGGGGAGCUGGGGGAUGUCCUGCACUACUCCAAGCAGUACUCAGCAUUCUCCAUGCAGAGGUGACCUAGGAGUAUCACAGAGAGUGUUGGAGGAGUGGCAUGGGGGACAAGGGAGGGAUACUCUUAGGGGUCAAGGCCUGAUGCCCAGGUAGCAGGCAUCUGCCUUUCUUCCCAGCUGAACCUGCAGCUAUUUAAGUGCCUUCUGCAGAAAAUGGGUGAAUAAAGUGGUGUUUUUUUUCUAA